AUGAUUGUCACGAAACAGGAGAAUAUAAAUGGAGAUGAUUAUCAGAUAGUGAUCAGCAUUGAUAAGCAUGACAAGUCCAGCAUCAACGUCUACGUAAAUGAAAUGACAAACACAAGUGUUGGAAGCUACGUCUAUUCGAUAAAUGACAAGAAAUCGGGCCAAAUAUAUUCCAGUGUGCUCCAGGAUCACUCUAGCAACAUAGUAACGGAGCAAGCGAGGAAUUUAGGCUACUUAGUGGUGAAAAAAUACUGCAGGCCCAGCUAUACGAACAUAAACGGGCAGAUCAGUGAUUAUCCACAGGUAUUGAAGGUAGUGUUCAAUUUAUUGGACGAGAGUAUUUAG